CAUUUCUUCUUCAUCAUCUCAACAUUGUUGAGACUCACAAGUGAGCCUUAAAUUGCCACUCCGCUUGUGAAUUCACUCCACUGGCACUCUUACAAUCUCCUCGACCACAAUUAGUCGGAUACCGAUUUACUGAUCGAAUUAAAUGGCCAAGAUACCAAUUAGGUUUAGUCGGGUGGCAGCGGCGUUUGACGAGGUGACGAGAGCAGUCCGCCUCUGCCAGAGCAGUGGCAGCGAGCACUCAGCUGAGGAUGAAAGCCCUGUCAAUCUCUCCGACCUCGUGGCCUCAUUCAUGGAGAGAGAGGGAGCUGAAGCGGUCUAUCUAGAAGAUGACGACACACAACAUGACCCCACUUUAAUGUCAAUCAGCGAAGAGGGGAGCGAGAACUAUAAUUGCUCAGAUGCUGAGAUCCGUGACCAACUGCAGAAUUUAUUCAAAGAAUCGAAGAAUUAUGGUGGUGAAGAAAUACGUUCGGAGAUUGAAGCUACGCUGGAGGUUAUCAAUGAUAGAACUUCGUCACAUGAUACUUUCAAGCGUCGGCUGAUGACCAUUUUACGUGAGAGAGGAUUUGAUGCGGGUCUCUGCAAAUCGAGGUGGGAGAAAACUCCUCAGUUCCCCGCUGGUGACUACCAGUACAUCGAUGUCAAGCUACUAGAUGGAUCCCGCAUCAUCGUCGAGCCUUUCCUUGCGGGAAUCUUCCAAAUAGCCCGGCCAACAAGCGAGUAUUCCUUGCUGCUAGGUCUGUUUCCUAGGGUUUUUGUAGGAAGGCCUGAGGAGCUGAAGCAGGUGGUGAGGCUUAUGUGCACCGCCAUUAAGCAGACCAUGAAGAGUACGGGGCUGUCCGUUCCCCCAUGGAGGAAGAAUAGAUACAUGCAGGCAAAGUGGUUUGGGUCCUACAAGCGGACUACUAACAAAGUUCGGUCUAGAGAGAGCUCGGGAGGGGGAGGAGUAAACCGGGCAGUAGGAUUUAAGUCAUUUCCAGGAAUUUCAUACAAGUGCCGGGAGGAUUUUGCGUGCAAGAAUUUGCUGAGGACCGGGCAUUUGACUGCAGCGUUCAGUGGGAAGGAAACUGGCUUGUGAGUUGUGACUAGAAAUGGUAGAGUUUGUGCAGUUAAAUAUGUUCAUUUAGGGAAUUAUUUUGAUAUAUUAUUUCUGUUUUUCUCUCCUCUCCAAAGAACAUUUUUUCUUCUUCGAUCUUAUGCUAGAAUAUGCAGCAUUCUAGUGUUCAAUUCCCCCCACCCCCCCACCAGUGGGAGAUCUGUUUACAAUUGGCAGCUCAGCAAUACCAUUCAACUAGCGUUGUGUAUGUAAAAUAUUAUAUAGUAUACAUUUUCUCUCCAUUUUGAAAGGAUAAGUACUUUAUUUUCAGUAAUAAAGAAGGCACAUAUGUUUUCCA